UCUGAAAAAUGCUCACAAAUCUACGUCCAUCACCUCCCUGAUGUCCAGCAGGCUGCCAAUACACAACAGCCCCCGCAGUGACGUCUCGUCCCCGCCGCAUAUGUCUGAGCAGCUGGAGGCGAGACAGAGAGGAAUGGAGAGAGACGCGGACCCAGCAGCUGUGCUCCUGCAGGACUUCAGCACGUUACUGCAGGAGUACCAGAACACGGAGCAGCGUGCAGCAUCUCUGCCGGAGCAGUGCCACCUGUGGGCGCACCUGGGAAAGAUCCGGUCGGAGCUGUCGCACAUUCAACAGGCGCUGGAGCGCACAACUCGCUCCAACGAAGGGCCGCUCGAUCUAUCCAUCAAAAAAGACACGGUGGGAAUCACGAACGUCGCUGGAGACGUUCUAGGAGAAACAAAAGACACAGGAGAUGAAAACUGCUCCGAGACGGAAGACGAGGAGGAAGAGGAGGAUGAUAAAUACGGCGGAGAUGCGGUGGAGCGAGGAAGCGGUGUUAAAGAAAGGCAGAAGUGCUCUCUGGAUGUGCUGAUGAAACUCAAUCCAUCCCAGCUGCCUGUGGUGAAGACAGAGGUGCUGUCUGACGGCGGGCUGGCGAUUCGGCACGGGACGGCUGAAGCUCUGUGGCACAGCAGAACCACGAAGUGUGAAGCCGACUCAAGUGUCCUUCUCUGCUCCAAAACACCCAACAGACCGUCGUCCAUUCAACAUCUGGACACGCUUUGUCCGACCAGCCCGUUAACAACCACCGACACACUGGUGUAGCGAACAUGAACAAGAAAAAUAAACAAGAACUUACAUCAUUUACAUUGCAAGAUAAAUGUUUGGACACACUUG